AUGGGGAGGCAUAAGAAAACUGCUCAUAAGCCUGGUCCCAGAUCAUCUCCGAUUGUGAGUAGCACAGUCAAGAAUCUUCAUGAAGGAGUGGAGGAAAAGACGAAGUCGUGGGCAAAUGAAGCAGAGGAGAAAGAUUUCCAGGAAUUAGCUAAGGAAAAGUGGUCCAAGUUUCAGGAUUCUUUUGCAGCUCAGGGUGGUGCUUGGCUUAAAUAUGAGGAACCCCUGGUCCGAGAAGGGAAGUUGAUAGCUCAAGUAGAUAAGGAGGAGAUAGAAGUGGAAGCAUCCUUUUGGCAAUCAGCUAUGUUGGGAAUAGAGAGAAUUGCUCGUAUAAAUGCGGGUCAUACUCUAGUCAAAUUUAGGGAUGAAGCUACUCGAGAUAUGGUCUUGGAAGCAGGAGUAGUUCACUUUGACAGAAAACCUGUUUUACUGAGGCCUUGGUCGACAGAUCUAGAUAAGAUGAGGUUGGUGAAAUCAGUUCCGGUUUGGAUUCGACUACCAGACUUGGGUCUCCAGUAUUGGGGUCUUAAAAGUCUGAGUGCUCUUGUUAGCACAAUAGGUAAGCCUAUGAUGAUGGAUAAGGUUACUAAGGAUAAGUCAAUGGUGAAAUUUGUUAGAGUUCUUGUGGAUGAGGCAGUCUGGAAGCCAAAGCAGAAGGUUACUAGUACUGAUAAAGGGGAACCUAGGGGAUCUUUUGAUCUGUGUGAUCCAGUUAAUGAGGCUAGGUCAAAGGAUUCUCACCAGUUGGUAGCUGGAAAGGAUGCUCAGAAGGCUGGUAGGGGUGAACAGUUGGCUGUUAAGGGAGAUUUGAAGGCUGGAAAGACAACACAGACUGUUGCAGUUAAGGAAGCAAGUUGUUCCAUGACAGGGCAGGAGAAUCAGAUAGAGGCUUCAAAGAAGAGUGUUUUUCUUGAAACUAAAUUGAAAAGUAAUAAGGUUGAGGAGAUGAUGAAGAAUGUCUUUUUUGGUUGGAAUUGGUAUAGUAGUCUAGCUGUGGAAGGAAGAAUAUUGUUAGUUUGGAAAGAUGAUAUAGUUAAUGUUAAUGUUACUCAGGAAAUGGACCAGCUUAUAAAUUGUGAAGUGAAGAUCAAGGGAGUUUUUCAAAAAGUUUGCUUGUCUUUUGUGAUGGUAGAAACUCAGUGGAGGAGAGGAAAGGUCUUUGGUCUCAAUUAG